CCCGCCCGUCCUCCUCCUCCUAGCCCAGACUCUGGGCGCUCCAUAGCUCUCGCGGUGACUCGAGGAUUUUCGCCGGGUGUCGUCUGGGUCCCACAAACCUCCGAAGAUACCCGCUUAUACACCCGGCCAGAGGCAGCUGGAGACCGGAGCGGCACAGGGACCAGGGGAGGCAGCAGCAGCAUGGAUAAUUUAAGCGACACCUUAGAGAAACUGAAGCUCACUGGAUCUGACCGCGCAUCUGACAAGUUAGAUGGAUGUUUGGAUUGUCUGCUCCAGGCUCUUGGUCAAAACAAUGUAGAAAGCAGUGAAAAAAUCCUCCAGAGUGGGAUGCUUCAAGUCUUUGCAAGUCUUUUGAGUUCUCAAUCUUCCUGCUCUUCAAAAAUAGCCCACAUCAUAGCCGAAAUUGCAAAAAAUGAACAACUGCGUAUCCCAUGUGUGGAUGCAGGACUGAUUCCACCUUUGGUGCAACUCUUAAAUUGUAAAGAUCAAGAAGUCUUGCUACAAACUGGUCGUGCCCUUGGAAAUAUUUGCUAUGAUAGCCAUGAGGGCAGGCGAGCAGUUGACCAAGCGGGUGGCGCACAAAUUGUAGUUGACCAUUUGCGGUCAAUAUGCACAUUAACAGAUCCAGCAAAUGAGAAGCUCAUGACUGUCUUUUGUGGCAUGCUGAUGAACUAUAGCAAUGAGAAUGAUUCUCUGCAAGCUCAGCUCAUAAAUAUGGGAGUGAUUCCUACAUUAGUGAAGCUCCUUGGAGUUCAUUCUCAGAACACUCCUUUGACGGAAAUGUGCCUUGUUGCCUUUGGUAAUUUAGCAGAGCUUGAAUCAAGUAAAGAGCAGUUUGCUUCUACAAAUGUUGCAGAUGAACUUGUUAAACUUUUUAAAAAGCAGUCGGAGCAUGAAAAGAAGGAAAUGAUUUUUGAAGUUCUGGCUCCUCUUGCGGAAAAUGAUGCUAUAAAGCUUCAGUUGGUGGAGGCUGGCCUGGUGGAGUGUUUACUGGACAUAGUCCAUCAAACUGUGAACAGUGACAAAGAUGAUGACAUUGCAGAGCUCAAAACAGCCUCUGAUCUAAUGGUCCUUCUGCUUUUAGGUGAUGAGUCCAUGCAGAAGCUGUUUGAAGGUGGAAAAGGCAGCGUCUUUCAGAGGGUUCUGUCCUGGCUUCCAUCACAUAAUCAUCAGCUACAGUUAGCUGGUGCCCUGGCAAUAGCCAAUUUUGCUAGAAAUGAUGGGAACUGCAUUCAUAUGGUGGACAAUGGCAUUGUGCAGAAGCUUGUGGAUCUUCUAGACAGACAUGUAGAAGAAGGCAAUGUAACUGUACAGCAUGCUGCUCUUAGUGCUCUUAGAAACCUGGCAAUUCCUGUUGUGAACAAAGCAAAAAUGUUGUCAGCUGGAGUAUCGGAAGAAGUGCUCAAGUUUCUGAAGUCAGAAAUGCCUCCAGUACAGUUUAAAUUAUUGGGAACCCUACGGAUGUUAAUAGAUGCUCAAGCUGAGGCUGCUGAACAACUGGGGAAAAACACCAAACUUGUUGAGCGUCUGGUGGAGUGGUGUGAAGCCAAAGACCAUGCUGGAGUUAUGGGAGAAUCAAACAGGCUGCUCUCUGCUCUUGUACGCCACAGCAAAUCAAAGGAUGUAAUUAGAACCAUUGUCGAAAGUGGUGGCAUAAAGCACUUAGUCACCAUGGCAACCAGCGAACAUGUUAUAAUGCAGAACGAAGCACUUGUUGCCCUGGGAUUAAUAGCAGCAUUAGAAUUACAAACUGCAGAAUGUGAGCUAGAAAGUGCCAAGCUAGUCCAGGUUCUGCAUAGACUAUUAUCAGAUGAAAGAAGUGCUCCAGAGAUAAAGUACAAUUCUAUGGUUCUGAUCUGUGCUGUUAUGGGCUCAGAGCCCCUGCAUAAGGAAGUUCAAAGCCUGGCAUUCCUGGACGUUGUGUCAAAAUUACGAAGCCAUGAGAACAAAACUGUAGCCCAGCAGGCCUCGCUAACAGAGCAGAAACUGACUGUACAGAGCUGAGACCGAUCGGCACACCUUGUCCAUCCUGCUGACUCCAUUGUCUCCUGUGCUCUGCCCCGGUCAUAUCCCCGCCAAUCGUAUCACUUGUGCAUGUGUGUUAUGUUGCCACAGAAACAGAUGAACUGCUGUAGGUACAAUCUUAGGCACAAAAAGGUGAAAACUAAGCCAGUCUCUUUUUAUUACUGUCUCCCUUGUAAACUUGUUGCUUACUUCCAAGGGAAAUGCGUGCAUGUUGUAGUCCUCUAAUGUAAAAGUGAUACUCACUAACCCCUAAAACAACCGUAAACUGCAUAAUAGAGUAUUACUAGAGUCUGGACAAUACAGGAAACAGCCAGUUCUUUUUGGAAUCAGAUUAUCAUACGUAGUCACAACAGCUCCAUUUUUGGUGCAUUGGUUGCAGGCUAGGAAGGAAAUGUAUUACCACUCUUUCACUAGUCUUGCCUGUUGCUGUCAAACUUGUGGUACAAUGCCCAGAGUCAACUAAUAAAAAUAUAAAUGCCCUCUUAUUUUGUGUUUCAUCACUUCCUUUUUUAUGAGAGCCACAUUUUGGAGGGAGAUUCACUGCGUCCUAGGUUCAAAUCUGACCUGGGGACACAUCUCAUUGUUCUGUUAUUUGAUUGAUUUAUAUAGCGCUUUUAUAUUCCACUGCGCAGCACAGAGAUUAUCACAUCAGUCCCUUUUUUAUUUAUUGGGGUUCCCAAUCUAUAUGUUUUUGAACUGGUGGAAGAAACCCAUGCAAACACACAGACAAGAUACACCUCCAUGCAGAUUUUGCCCUUGGUGAGAUUUGAACACAGGACCCCAGAGUUGCAAGGCAGCAGUGCUGACUACUGAGCCACCAUAGUGCACGUGUUUGCAUUUUCUCGGGGUGCUGUUGUUUCCUCCCACAAUCCAAAAACAUUCUGAUAGGUUAAUUAGCCUUCUAUAAAAUUGUCCAUAGUGAAUGUCCGACACAGGGAAAAUUAGAUUGUGAGCCCCAUUGGGGACAUGGACUGAUAUUAAUGGGGACAGUCUCUGUAUAGCACUGCAAAGUAUGUUGGCACCAUAUAAGGGAAAAAUGCUUCAGGUUUUUUCAAUGUAUUAUGCUUUUAUUUAUAUGUUACCAAUAUAUUUUAGAGUGCUGUGUAAGGCACACAUUCAUUCAUUCAUUUUAGUAAUUAUGGAUGUAAUGAGAUGAGAAUCAGACAUCAUAUAGUACAUGACAAUCUCUUUCUAACAAAACUAGAACCAGCCCUGUACCUCACAUGGAUCCAGAGAUCUCCACAUUCAUUGAUCCAGUUGCUCUACUAGAUUCUCUUCUCUGGCAGUUCAAGGAGCGUGUCCUUUCUCACAAUGUGUGUCGUUUCUGCUGUAGUGCUCUCCCUCUAACAAUAGAUAUGGUUGGUGGCAGGUGAAGGAUGGAACAGAGCAUGUGCGUCCACCCCAGUAGAUGGUUUUGCAAAUGUCUAUACAAGGGGGGUGCUAUUCUAAUGAGGUAAAGAGAAUAUCUUGCAACUGAAACAUUUUUGUAACACAAAGUAAAUUGCUAAAAUAAGUUUUUUAUGCUAAAUAAUUUUAAAAUCCCAUUUAAUGGUGGCACAACCCCUUUAAAGAGGUUUUCUGGAAUUAGAAAAAAAGGAUUCAGCUACUCCAUUUGCAGGCCAUGGUCAGUUUUAUAGGAAAUCGGUUAUACGGUAAUGUUAGUGCUUACCACGCUGCUCUCUGAACGACCAUGUACUUUUUUACCUACUUUAUAGAAAUAUUGUGGGCACCACUAUUUACAUGUAGGUUAAGUGAUAGGGGUACACUACUUUCCUCUUUAAUAAUCUAAAGAAUAAGGCUCUAUUUACAUCUGCGUCGUGGUUGCUGUUCAUAAGGAAACCACAAAGCAGGGUUGUAUCAGUCAUACAAUUAACGCCAAGGUGUCCAUUUUUUCCUGAAAAACUAGUGCUGCAUGCGGCUGUGAAAUGUGGACUGUGUGACAGAGGAGCUUCUGACAGAAGUGAACCAAGAAUUAUCCUUAUUAUCGAUAUAACCUCCAAAAGAUUGUACGAGAAAUUAUAAUUGUAUAA